AUGAAGAUCAACGGGUUGUUGGCGCGGGCUCGUAGCUGUGAGGAAGAGCGCAGAGUGAUCGACCAGCUUCGUGAUGUUGGGCUGGAUCAGUACAUCGAGUUGCCUCAGAUUGCAGUUAUGGGAGACACGUCCAGUGGCAAGUCGUCCCUACUUUCCGCACUCUCGGGUGUAUCCUUCCCGUCGAACGACCAACUCACGACGAGAUGCCCCACCCAACUCAUUCUGACCCGCGCCGACACUUUCCGUGGCACCGUCAGACUCGUCCGUUAUCAAUCGGGUAGUGAGAACGGCGAAGGCGAAGAGAAACAAGACCUUAACCGACUAAAAGACGUCCCCGACUCUAUCACGAAACUCACGCAGAAACUCGUCGAUGAAGGCCAGUACAUCAGCGACGACCAGAUCGUGAUCGAGAUGUGUGGCCCUGAGCUGCCCAACCUCACACUCACCGACCUACCGGGUCUAGUGCGCACGGUGGGUGACCAUGAAGACCAGAGUCUCAUUCCGAGAGUUCGGCAGAUGGUUGACCGAUACAUGAAACAGGAGCAAACUGUGAUCAUCGCCGUGGUGCCAGCCAAUGUGGAUAUGCACAACACGGAGAUCCUACAAGCAGCUCAGGAAGCUGAUCCGAAUGGCACACGCACGAUUGCAGUAGUGACGAAGGUGGACUUGGUGGAUGCUGGUGCCGAGUUGGCAGUGCACGAAUUGUUGCUGAACAAGAAGAAGAAAAUGCGUCUGGGAUACCACGCCGUCAAGUGCCGUAACCAACGUGAACUAGCCAAGGGAACGAGUAUCGAGAAAGGAUUGGCGAACGAGAUGGCAUUCUUUCGUCAGCACGAGUACUGGAGUCGUUUACCUACUCAUCUGUGGGGCGUUCAGAGACUGACAGAGCGCUUGGUUUCGAUCUUGGAAGAUAAUAUUCGACGUUCAUUGCCAAAGGUGAUUGAUGAGAUCAGCGCGCGCAUGAGCGAAACCCAGAAGCAGUUGCUGAAAUUGGGCACGACAUUGAAGUCGCCCGGUGCUCAGCGUCAGCAGUUUGGCAAGUGGGUCAACCAGUAUCUACGUCUGAUGGAAGCUGCCAUGACGGGGCAGUAUGAACUCUUGUCACCUAAUGGAGCCACCUCAAUGCCAGAAGCGCGGCUGAGAGCUGUGCUGCGACGGAAAGACCGCACCUUUCGGGAGGAAAUCGAAGCUUCGAAGACAAGCGACACCCGAGGGACUGAUGUUUUAUGUGAAGAGUUGCCGCACGAAUGGCUGGGUGCUACACGCUGGAAAUUUGCGUCUGGGGUUAUGGCGGCUAAUGGCCUGAAGCAGUUUAUUCAAGCGAAUCGAGGCGACGAGCUUGCCAUUUUCCCGUCCUACCGCGUGUUUUGCAGCUGCGUCCAGCGAAGUUUGAGAAAGUGGGAGCGCCCAGCACUUGAACUACUCGAACGCUACUACUCGCAUACGAAAUCCACGUCUCACCAUCUCAUCUCGACGGUUUUAGCUGGUAGCGAAAGCACACGAGUCGAGAGGUUCUUCAAGAGAACAACUGACCGAGUGCUUGGUAGCUUGAAGGAAGUUGCCGCUCGAGAGCUGCAGUUGUUGCUGCAGCACGAAGCUCGACCGUACACCCAAGACCAGCGUCUGUACGAGGAGCUGGACAGCCUUCGUCAACGAGCUUUACACGCCCGACUGGAAGCUGCGCUUCCACGCGGAGACAAGUACGGGAUGGUAUCUCUAGCCAAUGUCACGGAAGCGCUUGGAGGGAUCUCCAUGGCUUCCGAUGAUCGUGAAGCUUUGGAGAUGGGAGUUGCGCUACGUGCCUAUCUGGAGGUGGCUUCACAUCGGUUUAUCGACGUGGUGCCUAUGAAGUUGAAUGGGUUAUUACUGGAUUCGUUCGUGCGUGAAAUGGAGAGCGAGUUGCUGGGUGCUGCCACCGAUGAGAAAGUGGCUGAGCUGCUAAGAGAGAACUCGGACAAGGCAGCUCGUCGUCAGCAACUCGUCAAUGAGCUUUGUACUCUUGAGAAAGGUAAAAUGAUACUCGAGAUGAGCGAAUUCUAG